UAAAGAGUCCUAUGGUGCGCUUCACAUCAACGCUGUGGCUGCUUCUGUUCAGCCCUGUUAGGUCCACUUACCACCACGAUAAUGGGAAAAGGCCAUCUUAAAGGGAACGAUUCCAAAGAAAAGAAAACUGAGUUUAGUUUAGUGCGCGUCAUGGGUACGUGGAAGUGUAAACUGGGACACAAGGUCAAUAAGGACACAGCUGACUGUGUUUCGGCUGCAAAAAUCUAUGAGAGCAUCACAGAGCAGGGCGCCAGUUGGACGGUGGUCAGCCCCAUUGUGUUCACCUACAAAGUCACUGAGACUCGGCACUUGCUGGACCCGAGCAACGACACGCUCCUGCUGGGCCACAUCACCGACCCGCAGCAGCUGGACGACAUUCAAAAAUCAAACAAGCCAAUCAAACGCUUCCUGGUCGUUGACCAAGAAGUCUACAGAAUCUACGGUACAAAGAUCACUGCAUAUUUAGAGGCUAACAAUGUUCUGUACAAGAUCUUGUCUUUACCCACCACUGAGGAGAACAAAUCCAUGCAAAUGGCCUUGAAGAUCCUGGAGGAGAUCAACAACUUCUCCCUUGACCGCCGCACGGAGCCCAUUAUCGCCAUUGGUGGCGGCGUGUGCCUGGACAUAGUGGGCCUGGCCGCCUCCCUCUACCGAAGACGCACUCCGUACAUCAGGGUCCCGACCACACUGCUCUCCUACAUCGAUGCCAGCGUGGGGGCCAAGACGGGGGUUAACUUUGCAAAUUGCAAGAACAAGCUGGGCGCCUACAUUCCACCAGCCGCAGCCUUCCUCGACCUGUCCUUCAUGCAAACGGUUCCCCGACGACACAUCUCCAACGGGCUGGCGGAAAUGUUGAAGAUGGCCCUGAUGAAACACCGAGGCCUCUUUGAGCUUCUCGAGACGCACGGCCGCAUGCUGCUAGACACUAAAUUCCAGGCCGACAACAGCGUGUACGGAAACCACUGCUUACAGGCGGCAUCGCAGGCGACUCGUAUAGCCAUUGUAACCAUGCUGGAAGAGCUCGCCCCCAACCUGUGGGAGGAUGACCUGGACAGACUGGUUGACUUUGGCCAUCUCAUCAGCCCAGCAUUAGAAAUGAACGUUCUCCCAUCUCUGCUGCACGGGGAGGCAGUGAACGUCGAUAUGUCGUACAUGGUUUACGUGUCCAGAGAGCGCGGCCUGUUGACAGAAGACGAAAAGCAACGGAUCAUAAGCUGCAUGCUGGGCCUGGAGCUUCCGGUCUGGCAUGCAGCGUUUACCAUGGAGCUCAUACAGAAGUCUCUGCAGGAUAGGCUGAAGCAUUCGGGAGGCCUGGUCAGGAUGCCUCUGCCGGUUGGUCUUGGGAAAGCGGAAAUUUCUAAUGACACACCUUGUGAGAUCCUGCACAAAGCUUUUGUGAAAUGGUGUGAUGAGCUGAGCGGCCCCUCUGACAGCAACUGACUAACCUGAGAUUACCACAGUUUUUACAUUUUGUAUGUACUGUAGGCGUGUAAAAUCCUAUUCUGGUUUUGUACUCUAGUUAAUCUUCGAAUUAUAAGAAUAUUAUGUAUUUUCACCUCAUGGCAUCAAGAUAACCUCAUUAGCAGUGCUACAGGCAGCUCUCUCUUGUCAGCAAAUUGUCACAAUAGCAAUAUGAAUCUUUAAGUGUUUCAAAGCAGCACAAUCAGAUUGAAGUAAACUAUAUAUUUCUGUCUUGUAACAAGCAGCUUACCAACUACUACACUUACAAGUCUCUGAAGUCUAUUUGAAACCAUCCUCAUUAAAGAUUUGUUCAGUUAUCAAAUCA